AUGGCGAACAUAGGUAAAAUUCUCGCUACUAUUAAAGCGGUGAUAACAAGGCUGGUUUUCGCUUGCCACGGCAUCAUGGCUAUAUGGCAGGUGACAUAUUUCAAAAAUAACAACGAAUUCUGGUAUCUUGCGUCUCCAAUCCUCCUGCUAGUAUUCGAGGGAGUCUUCACUCUGACCAUCAAGGAGAACCAGGAGUGGAAGUGGUUCUGUCCGUCGGUCUUCAUCUACUUGGGGUUGGUAGUGCCGGCUAUAUGGCUGCUUGAAUUGCACAAGGUGGAUAUGCGACUGCAGAAGAAGUCGAACAUAACACAUAUAGAGGUAAAAAUAUCCUUGGCUGGUGCCACAAAGAUCCCCACGGACAUGUGGGUGACGCUGAUCGAGCAGUUCCUGAUGCUGACCCUGAUCGUGGGUCGGUGGCUGCUGCCCAAGGGUGACCUCACCAGGGAUCAGCUCAGUCAACUUCUCCUGGUUUAUAUUGGUACCGCAGCUGACAUCAUAGAAUUCUUCGACUCGUUCAAAGAUGAGAAGGUUGCGACCGAGAAGGUCCUUGUACUCCUGACCCUCGCCAUAUGGUCGUGGUCCCUCAUGCAGUUCACCGUGGUCCUGACAGCCACCAAGUCCAGGAAAUCCAGAGGAACCGCAAAUAGGUCUGACAUGAACACAAGCCGCGCGUGUUGUUGCUCCAUAGAAGUGUGCGCAAUUAUCAUGAACAUAGCUCUGCAGGAUGCUCCGUUUUUGGCUUUCCGCCUUCUUAUUAUCGCGCAUUACAAAAUAAUUAAUUAUAUGAACAUAUUCUUCACUUGCAAGAACACUUUGGUGAUAUUACUACAAAUAUACCGCCUAUAUGUGUUACAUUUGGAGACGGUAGACGAAGGGAACACCGGCGGAUCGGUUUACAGAAAAAGGCGCAAACAGAAGCCGGGCGAGAAGAAAGAGCGAGACAAAAAACGCAGGGAUCCCAAAACAAAGAAGCAAAAGCGACGGCCCGAAAUUGGUGAAACUUCGAUAUCUGUGAUAAGCGAUCCGAGAAGACAAGAUAGAGUCGAUGGCGGCAGUCGUAUACGAGCUAUCAUCCUGACGAAUACUGAUGAGAUAAAGGAGUUAGAGCUAUCAAAGUUCUUCAAGGACCAAGUGACAGUUGAUAAUGAGAAGAAGAAAUCAUCAAAAAAGAAACACAAAUCGGAAUCAUCUGAGGAAUCUCUUAACAAUAUUCACCAUACCACCGAUGAUUCGGGAAUUUGACAUCAUCGGGUGCGCAGGGACAGCCCUAAACGCAGUCCCCGCAAGCACAGAGACAAACACGGCGACAGACAAAAAGAGAAGAAGAAGAAACGUCACGAAUCAAGUGACAGUUCUGACAGCUCGAGUUGAACCUUCACCUCUUUUGAACGGUUUCUAAAUUAGAAAAAAAUAUGUUGUUUAUGGCUACUAAGGCCAUAAGCAUAUCUUUGUGAGGGAGUAAUUUUUGGAAGAUGAUUUGAGGUUUUAAAUGAAGUCGCAUUAAAUGUGGAGUGGUAUUUGUAUGGGAAUA